AUAUCAUUAACAAAUCAGAGAAACUAUAGACUAGAAAAGAAAAGAAAGGAAACGAAAAGAAAAGAAAAUGUUAAACCAGUUACCAGUUGGACAGCUGGCCCAAUGAAUUUUAAAUUUCAGUUAAACAUUGAAUUAACUACUUCCCAUAAGUCCAACUCUUCCAAGUUUUGACUUAUAACUAACUGUCUGAAAUCUGAAUCUCACUCACUUUCCAAAAAAAAACCAGUAAAUAAAGAUGGCCUCAAACCGUUCCCAUUCCUCACAAUUUCAACUCCACCAUCAAACUCCUCACUUCACCACAAAACUUCACUUACAAAAGAACCCAAAAACCAAAACACAUGCCACCCCAAAAAUGCUACUUUCUAACACCUAUCUCUUCCCUCCUCAUUUUUCUUUUUCCCUUGCUGUUCAUAACAGCUUCAAGCUAUGGAUCAUUAGGCCCCAUCGCCGCGGCUUUUGGAGAAAAUGGCUUUUUUUGUGCCAUUGAUGCUGGGGGGAAACAAGAGAUCAUUUGUUGGGACAAAUCCAACAAAACUUCUUCAGUUCCCACAUUCAGUUUGGUUCCCCCCAUGGCUUCUCUCUCUGGUGGUGAAGGCUUUCUUUGCGGCAUUUCCUCCAAUAAUUCACAAGCAUUUUGUUGGGAUCCCUUGAAUUUUGGUAUAAAUCUUGUUCCUAAAGCGUAUAGAUAUAACUCUUACUUACAAAUAGCUGCAGGGAAAACUCAUGUUUGUGCUAUUAAAGGUUCUUAUUUGUCAAGUAGUAAUGAUUUUGGUUAUGUUGAUUGUUGGGAAUUUCAUCAAACACUUGAUGAAAACAAUGUUACCAUGGGUUUUGUUAGUGAUCAUUAUGUUAGCAAUAUUGUUGUUAAGAAUAUUGUUUCUGGGGAUGGUUUUAGUUGUGGGGUUGUUAAGGACAGUGGGGUGGUCUUUUGUUGGGGUCCGAAAUCUGGUAACUUGGGAACUUUUAAUGUGUCUGGUGAGUUUGAGGUUUUAGCUUCUGGGAAAAGUUCAGUUUGUGGGAUUUCGAAGAUGUCUGGUGAAGUUGAAUGUUGGGGUGAUUCUAGUGAGUUUGGGCUCCCCCCAAACCCCACGCCCCAAAGGCCCGUGCCCGCUGGUGCACAACAUUUUUGCGGCAUUCAAGUAGAUGAUCAUGGAGUGGAAUGCUGGGGAAACAACAUUAAUGCUUCUUCAGUUCCAAAGGUUUCUGGUUUUACGGCUAUUGCUUCAUCUGAUUUUACAACUUGUGGGGUUCGAGAAGUUGAUUUGGUUCUUGAUUGUUGGGGAGUGAAUGAGCAUUCUUUGCCAGAUUAUAGUCCACCUUUGCAGCUAUGUAGCCCUGGUGUAUGUUCUCCAGGGUCAUGUGCUAGUGGAAAGUUUGCUUUCAAUGCAAGCGUCCUUAAUGAGGCAGAGCUGACAAGUUUGUGUGCUCAAAAUGAGUUGAAGAUGUGCUUGCCUUGCGGGACAAAUUGUUCACAGGGCUACUUCCCUUCAAGUAUGUGCAGUGCCAAUGUAGAUAGAAUAUGCACUCCUUGCUCACUUUGCCAGAACAGCUCUUGUUGGGAUGUAUGUGGAGUUCCUUCUUCACCUGGCACUCAGCUACAGGAGCAGCUAGAGAUAAAAAAGGUGGUUAUCAUCAUUGGAUCUUCUGUAUCUGGUUGCUUAUUGAUUUUAGUUGCUUCUUGUGUUUUUCCACGAAUCAUUAAUACCAAAGGUGAAGGAAAAGGUAUAAUUCAGUGCAGUUUUUGCAUAGGCAAACCAGUUGUGGAGGCUGAUCCUGAUCCAAAUCCGCUACCGCCUCUAUCUGUAACUACAUAUAUUGGAGAGACCCAAGUGUAUCGGCUUUCAGAACUGAAAGAUGCUACUCAUGGAUUUAAAGAAUUCAGUGAGCUUGGUCGAGGGAGCUUUGGUUUUGUGUACAAAGCUGUUCUUCCUGACAGUAGGCAAGUAGCAAUCAAGCGAGCUAAUGCUGCUACAAUAAUUCAUACAAACAGCCGGGAUUUUGAAGCAGAGUUAGAAAUACUAUGCAAUGUAAAGCAUAGCAACGUGAACUUAUUGGGUUAUUGUGCUGAAAUGGGAGAAAGAUUACUGGUUUAUGAAUAUAUGCCUCAUGGCACACUUCAUGACCAUCUUCAUGGGGAACUGUCGCCUUUAGGUUGGGACCUGAAGUUGAAGAUUGCAUUGCAGGCUGCAAGAGGACUUGAGUACCUUCAUAAUGAAGCUCCACCCAUUGUUCAUCGAGAUGUGAAGACUUCGAAAAUUCUUUUGGACUCUGAAUGGGGGGCAAGGAUAGCAGAUUUCGGUAUCUUAAGUGCUACAGAGAAGGAUUUAAGUGGAGAUAUGGCCAAUGAUGUUUAUAAUUUUGGCAUUGUUCUGCUAGAGAUAUUAAGUGGGAGGAGAGCUUAUGACAGAGACUUCACACCUCCAGGAAUUGUUGAGUGGGCAUUGCCUCUGAUUAGGCAAGGCAAGGCAGCUGCUACUAUCGAUCGCAAUGUGCCUCUACCAAGAAAUGUAGAACCCUUGCUUAAACUUGCUGAUUUGGCUGAGCUUUCUUUAAGGGAAAAUCCAAGUGAGCGACCUAGCAUGACUAAUCUGGCAAGUUCAUUAGAUCAGAUUGUCAAGUGUGGAUUAAUCUUGUCAUGAAUCUUCAUCCAGGAUUCAACUAAUAUUGUUUGCAUUCUUCUGUAAUUCAUCCUUUUUCAAAUACUUUUUUUUUUUGUUUUUUUUGCUUAUUCUCCAAGUCACAAAGUGAAGGAGAUUGUAACAACUGCAUAUUCCCUUCUUCUCUUUUUCAUCUGAUGAGAGUUAAAGAAGCUAAGCUUCCAAUAUGAUAUUUCUCAGUGCAUAUGAAAACAAGAGUCUCUUUUAGGAAGUUCUAAUUUUUGAUAAAUGCAGAGCUUAAGUUAU